UUGCGAAGGAAACGCUAAACCCUGCUCCCACUUACCGCUCCCCGUUGAGUGAGACCAUGCCUUCAAAAUUGAAACAAAAGUAGAAGAGAUUAGAAGACACCUUCAUUUGUAAGGCUUCAUAUGUGUGCCCGACACCCCUCGGUUAAGGGGAUUCUCCCCAGAAAAAAACCUCAACGACGUACCAGGUAUCAACCGCCCAGGGAAACAGUGGCCCGACCCCAUGACCGCCCUGAUGUCCGCAGCAGUGAGGUUCUCCAGCUCAAUCCUAUCACCUUUAUCUAAAGGUGGCGUUUACGCCAGCGAUCUACAACCAAAUAU